AUGGCGCCCAUGGCAGCGUACGCGAAGAGAACAGUCCCAGAGCUCCGCAAGGAGCUCGAGUCCCGCCAAUUGAGCCACGACGGCAACAAACCCGACCUGAUCGCGCGCCUGGAAGCGCACGACGCGGCCCAGGCCGCUGUGGAGCCGCCGACCGCCGCCACCGCGCAGGAAGAGCCGGCGCCUGAGCCAGAAGCGCAGCCCGAGACUCAGCCAGAAGCGCAGCCAGCGCCCGAGUCCGCGCCCGAGCCCGCGCCCGAGUCCGCCCCAGCUCAGCCCGCCCAGGAGCACCAGGCUUCGCCCGCCCCCCGCAAGCCCUCCCCCGAGGAGGCCAAGGCGCUCGCGCUCGCCGACCUCGAACUCAAGCUUCGCCGCGCCAAAAAGUUCGCCGACGACCAAUCCACCAUCGACUCCCUGCAGCGCCAGAUCGCGCGCGUUCACAAGUUCGGUGUCGACCCCACCACCCAGCUCGCGCGCGACCUCGGCCUCGGCAGCGGCCCCGCUAGCGCCGCGCCCAAGAGCGCCAACCGCCCACGCUCGCGCCGCCGCAAGGCAAACCCGCAAAGCAAGUCUACUAAGCACGCACGCAGCAACUAA